AUGUACGUCGUUAAGAGGGACGGACGUCAAGAGACUGUUCAUUUCGAUAAGAUUACGGCGUGCUUGAAGAAACUCAGUUACGGUUUGAGCACUGAACACUGUGACCCUGUUUUGGUUUCUCAGAAGGUUUGUGUUGUUGUUUAUAGAUGUGUGACUACUAGUCAACUCGAUGAAUUGGCCGCUGAAACCGCCGCCGGCAUGACUGCGAACCACCCCGAUUAUGCUUCCCUUGCUGCUAGGAUUGCUGUUUCGAAUCUGCAUAAGAAUACUAAGAAGUCGUUUUCUGAAACUGUGCAGAUUAUGUAUAAUCAUUUUAACCACAAAUCUGGGAAGAAAGCUCCUUUGAUUGCUGAUGAUGUCUAUGAAAUUAUCAUGGAGGAUACGGCUCGAUUGGAUAGUGAGAUAAUUUAUGACCGGGAUUUUGACUAUGAUUAUUUUGGAUUCAAAACCCUUGAGAGGUCUUAUCUGUUGAAAGUUGAUGGGACUGUUGUUGAAAGGCCUCAACAUAUGAUAAUGGGGGUUUCUGUUGGGAUUCACAAGCAUGAUAUUGAAUCCGUUGUUAAGACUUAUCAUUUAAUGUCUCAGAGAUGGUUCACUCAUGCUUCUCCAACUCUUUUCAAUGCUGGGACUCCCAGGCCUCAGUUUGAGUAG